GCGGCGCAGACAAGAUAAGCCUCCCCGCCCGCCAUGCGUGGCUUUCGCUUUCGGAUCCGGCGGAGGCGCCUCGGCUGCCGAGCGAGCGACACGGCGUCCGCCUGGAGGAGAGCCUCGAGGGCUCGGCGGCUGCAGCGGCGCAAGCGGCGGGGAUGAGAGCAGCGGGCGGGCGGGCGGGCGCGGCCAGGAGUCACAUCAGCGCUUACCCACCUGUAGAGACCACCGCAUAGGAUGUUAUUUUAAACUAUGAUGACAUUUUUCAUGGGACCACUGCAUUUCUACAAACUUGUGUACAUCAGUGCUCUGAUCUCUGCUCUGUGCAGUUUACUUGAAACCUCGGUUCAACUCAAGUUGAAAAUGGAGCCACGGGAUUUUGAGUACAUAUUGAGGUGGGAAUCUGGAAAUAAUACAGGGACUCCCACAUGCUACAAUGUGAUGUAUAGAACGAGAAGUUAUCCAACACCAGACAUGAAGAUUGUCGCAGAGUGUUCCAAUAUCACACGUUCAUUCUGUAACUUGACAAAAGAGUUUACAGAUCCCUACGAGUCAUACAAAAUAGUAGUGGAGCAGGUCACAGAAAGCGGAGUACAUUCUUCAGAUACUUCAUUCAGUCCAUAUGCUGACACAUGCCUAACACCACCCCAGUUUGAGAUUUCUGCUUGUCCAAGCUGCGCAAAUGUGACAGUGAAACUUUCAGCCUCGUUACUUCAUGUAUACCAAGAGCUUGAUUAUACGGUCACAGUGAUAAGAGACAGUGUCAAGGAAAAGCGUGUUGUCAAUACAACCAGACAAGAGAGUUUCCACACUAUCAUUGGAGAUUUGAGUUUCAAUACAAAUUAUUGUAUUGCUGUUGAUGUGAGAACAAGUCUAAAUAAUCCGUGCACUCCGUCUGUCCCCAAAUGCCUUAUCCUCAGCUCCAAUAAUAUAUCAGGUCAUAUUAUAUUACCAGUGUUGUUUGGCAUAUUAAUGUCGUUGGCACUAGUACUCACUCUAUUUGUCCUGUAUAAAAGGGGUGUUAUUUGCUUAAGAUGGAGGAAAUGGCCAAGCGUCUUGAACAUCAAACCAAAAUUAGAUUAUUCCCUUUUUAAAUCAGAACCGGAAGAAGUGCACACCGUCCAGGUCACCCAACAAAGUAAAAAAAAAGUAUGUGGAUACGAUUCUGAUGAAGAGGACAGUGAAAGCGUUGCUGGAAAUGAUGAUUUAUAUACUGCACGUGGUUUUUUGGGGCAGACUUCAAAGUCCUGCUCGCAGGAGGACAAUGCAGAGCCACCGUCCCUAGACUGCUCAUCCACUACAAGUACAAUAGCUGACCCCCAGGAUGAUGAAACAGAAAAGCUUCUGCUCAUAGGCUGCUCAUCUGCUCCAAGUGAAAUGCCUAAACCUGUAGAUGCUGAAGCAGAAAACCUUCCGAAUGAUAUUAGCAAAGAAGAAAGCCCAACAAUUCAAAUAUUUCAUCCUUCUCCUGAAGUGGACUCCGCUAAUGAGCCAGACCUGGAGUGCAGCAGCUGUUCCAGUGUAAACUUAAAUACUGUGGUGCUAGGAAUAUCUGGCAAAAAUGCGACUGCUUCUGCAACACUAAGCUCUUGCCAAGAGAAGGCUGUGGGCUUGAAAGUGUUGUGUGUUUCUGAUGCAUUCGAACCGAAAUAUAUCACUGAUGCUCUAGAAAUGCAGAACUCUGACAUUCCUAAGCUCUCUUGUUCCUGGCAAAAUUCUAAUGGGUCUGGAGAAAGUGAGUCAUCGGAUUCAGAAACGGACUGUGUUGGUGAAUACAUGAGCAGAUGAAUCAAAGAUGAAUAAAAGAAUAGCAUCUUCCUGUACGAUAUAUAU